AUGUCUUCAGCUUGGAAGGAGCCCCAUGGAUCAGAUGCAAUGCCUGAGAUCAUGGUGAAAAUCAUUGGAAGUAAGCACUUUCGAUACCUUGUGGAGAAGCCAAAGGCCAAGGAGAACGAGAACUUGAAAACAGAAACUCAAACAGUGCUCCAGAAACCAGUGACUGGUGAUGCAAAGCAGAUGAGCAGAGACUCCCCAGCUCCCACUAACCCCACUGAUCAGCAAACCAAUGAUCACCCAGAUGAUGUAGAUGAGAGCAAGCGACCAGAAAACAACCAGAAACUCCUAACAGGAGCAUGCAGUAGCCGAUUUCUAGAUAGCAAAUUUCCCCAUCAGGCAAAUGUCCAUUGCUGCUCUGUGCCAACUGGAGACCAGUCCUUAUCCUAUGUGCAUGGCCUCCCCCAAAGAAAGCUUAGAGACUGGUCUUUGGAACAGAUGGCGAAAGGCAGCUCUGAUCAGCCUGAGGAUGUUGGCCAGAGGCUGAGUGGGACAAGGAGAGAAGACACUUUUCUUCUUGCCCUGAUCAGAAGAGAGCUGAAAUCACGUCCUUUGAGUUCCAGCUUAUUAGAUAAGCUUCAGAAAGAGCUGAAGCUUCAGGACCCAAUCUCUUCAGGAUUUCUUCUCCAAUCUCAGCUGAGCCGCCUCUUCUUAAGGCAUGAAAUCCCUCUACAGUUGCCAACAAUCAAGAUCCUUUGCCAGAGAUUUUCUAGAAGGGGCUCUCCUGAAAUGGUGAAUUAUGGAAAGCUACUCUGGUUUUUAACACAUGCAGCUUUGGAUAAUCUACAGCAAAGCAAAGCAGUUGAGGACAGAAACCUGAGGAAAAUUGAGAGUUAUCGCAAUCAUGGCCAAAGCACUCCACCCCAAGACUCCAGCUCACAGCAAGAACUAAACAAGAGCCUGUUGGAGAUUCUAAAGAUGGCACUGAAGACAACCAAUGGCAAACUCAACAUAGAGAACCUCAAUCUGAGCUUUCGAAAGGAAGAUCGCUCAUUCUCUGGCUGCCUCCCUCCACCCAAGGUCAGGGCUAUAUGUGGAAAGCAUGGAUUCUAUCUAACCUUGAGCCUGCUGGAAACAUUGCUUAACCAUCAAGAUUUGGGUUACCAAGAUGAAAUAAA